AUGGCUAGCAUGGAGAAGACGUGUACGUUGUUAGUGCACUUCGACAAGGGGACUCCCGCUCUUUCAAAUGAAAUCAAGGAGCAUUUGGAGGGGCAUGACGUUGAGGCGAAAGUAGAUGCCAUGAAGAAAGCCAUAAUGCUGCUGCUCAACGGUGAAACUAUUCCUACCCUUUUCAUCACCAUUGUUCGGUAUGUACUUCCCUCCGAGGAUCACACCAUUCAGAAGCUCUUGCUGCUGUACUUAGAAAUCAUAGACAAGACGGACUCGCGGGGGAAGGUACUGCCGGAAAUGAUCCUUAUCUGUCAGAAUCUCCGGAAUAACUUGCAGCACCCCAAUGAGUAUAUCCGAGGGGUGACAUUGCGGUUUCUGUCGAGACUUAUGGAGGCAGAGCUAAUUGAGCCUCUCAUUCCUUCAGUGUUGGCUAACCUGGAGCAUCGACAUGUAUUUGUGAAGAGGAAUGCCAUCCUUGCGAUUACAGCUAUCUGUAAACUUCCUCAAGGGGACCACCUUAUACCUGACGCCCCUGAACUCAUUGAAAAGCUUCUUCAUCAGGAGCAAGAUCAGUCUGCCCUUCGUAACGCAUUUCUCAUGCUUUUCAAUUGUGCGCAAGAGCGGGCUGUGGCUUACCUUCUCGGUCACUUGGAUAAGGUAUCGUCGUGGGGAGAUACUUUCCAGAUGGUGGUUCUUGAGCUUAUCCGCAAGGUCUGCCGGACCAAUCCCGAGGUUAAGGGGAGAUACAUAAAAAUCAUAGUGUCAUUGUUGAGUUCUCAAUAUGCGGCGGUGAUGUAUGAGAGUGCGGGAACUCUUGUGUCCCUUUCUUCUGCCCCGACAGCUGUCCGAGCCGCAGCCAAUGCGUACUGCCAACUGCUUCAAACUCAGAGCGAUAACAAUGUGAAGUUGAUUGUCCUCGAUCGUCUCCAGGAGCUCAAAACUUCUCACAGAGAGGUCAUGAUGGAGGUUAUAAUGGACGUUCUGCGUGCUCUUUCAAGCCCCAAUUUGGAUAUCCGUAAAAAGACGCUUGACAUUGCGAUGGACCUCGUUACCCUUCGCAAUAUUGACGAGGUUGUGAUGACCUUGAAGAAGGAGGUCGUAAAGACACAGAACGGGGAUCUGGAGAAGAACGGCGAGUAUAGGCAAAUGCUUGUGCAGGCCAUUCACUCGUGUGCCUUGAAGUUCCCAGAAGUGGCUAGCACGGUGGUUCAUUUGUUGAUGGACUUUUUGGGGGAUUCUAACGUGGCAUCGGCGAUCGAUGUUGUGUGCUUCGUAAGAGAAAUCAUUCAAACAAACACCAAGUUGCGGGAAUCGAUUCUUGCCAGGUUGGUGGACACUUUCUAUCAGAUCCGGUCCUCGCGAGUGGCUACUUGUGCUCUCUGGAUUAUUGGGGAGUAUUCACUGUCGGCAAGCGAAGUAGAGUCAGGUAUUUCUGUAAUUAAGCAAUCACUAGGCGAACUUCCAUUCUUUACUUCUGCUGAGGAGGGCGAUGUGGUUGAUACAGCUGUCAGCAACAAGGGUCCUUCAACUCCCAAAGCCACUGCUCUGCAGCAUGCUUCUCUGGCUUCUUCCAAGCGGCCCGCAAUUUUAGCAGAUGGGACAUACGCAACCCAAAGUGCUGCCGCUUCUUCUGCGGCCCCCUCAUUGACAUCAGUAGCCGUAGGUUCUUCUGCCAAUCUACGGACAAUCUUACUGACGGGAGAUUUCUUCCUGGGAGCUGUGGUGGCAAGCACACUCACAAAACUGAUGUUGCGUUAUGAAGAUGUUCAGGAGAACCAAGUGGCUGCAAACAGAGCUGAAGCUGACGUUCUUUUAUACAUGGUUUCCAUGCUCAGACUUGGCCAGUCUUCCGCUUUGUCUCAUCCCAUUGAUGACGAUGCAUACGAUCGGAUCACGCUGUGCAUCAGGGUUCUUGCCAACAAGGACCAGGUGAUGAAGUCGGUGUGGUUGAAGAACUGCCGAUCAAGUUUUGCAAUGAUGAUAGAUGAUAAAAUCUGUAGGGAAAUGGAAGAGAAGAAGGCGAAAGCACAGGAUUCAUAUGCCCAGCCCGAUGAUUUAAUCGAUUUCUAUCACCUGAAGCGAACAAAGGGCAUGAGCCAAAUGGAGCUGGAGGAUGAAGUGCAAGAUGACCUCAAAAGAGCAACUGGAGAAUCUACAAAAGAGGGCGACUCGAGGAAAUUGAACAAAGUCCUCCAAUUGACAGGGUUCAGCGACCCGGUCUAUGCAGAAGCGUAUGUUACUGUUCAUCAAUACGAUAUAGUCUUGGAUGUCACUGUUCACAACCGAACAACAGAGACUCUUCAAAAUCUCUGUCUAGAGCUUGCGACUAUGGGUGAUUUGAAGCUAGUAGAACGUCCACAGAAUUAUGCUCUUGCUCCUAAUACUAGCAAGCAAAUUCGAGCAAACAUCAAGGUUUCUUCUACAGAGACGGGUGUCAUUUUCGGAAAUAUUGUGUACGAGUCGAGCACUGUCCUUGACCGUAAUGUGGUGGUGCUGAAUGAUAUCCACAUUGACAUCAUGGACUACAUCGCUCCUGCCUCGUGUACUGAUAUAGCUUUCCGCAACAUGUGGGCAGAGUUUGAAUGGGAGAACAAGGUGGCGAUUAACACUACCAUACAAGUGGUGCGGGGUUUCUUGCAGCAUAUUGUUGAUUCUACAAACAUGAAGUGUCUCACUCCUCCAUCUGCUUUGGAAGGUGAUUGUGGCUUUUUGGCGGCAAAUCUUUAUGCGAAGAGCGUGUUUGGAGAGGAUGCGUUGGUGAAUGUCAGUGUUGAGAAGCAAUCGGAUGGCAAGCUCAGUGGCUAUGUCCGAAUCAGAAGUAAAACGCAGGGCAUUGCCCUCAGCCUUGGAGACAAGAUUACUCUCAAACAGAAAGGUUAAUAGACGAGCUUCAUGAAAAGAAUAAAUUUCUUUUUUAGUUGAGUCUCUGAACGGGUCGGUUAAAAAUUGAUAUAAAGCUAACCACUUUGGCUGGGUUGGCUUUUGAGACAAUUUGGUCAUUCAUAGCUGCAUGUGUAUCUCAUACAUAGCACAGUAUAGGUCAUGAACUUGAAACAGCAUUCAAGUCUUAUUGUACAAGACAUUAGCUACUCAGCUCCUCAAAUUUUUGUAUGUAGUGUGACAUGGUUUCUAAUAAAUCUACGAUUUUGGCUUUUGAGCAUUGUGCUCGUUUCGGUUUCCUCA